AUGCCCAACCCGCACGACGUUGAGGCUGAAAGCGCUCGGGGCGGGCUCGAUGUGAGCUCGCUGCGAGCUCGCUGCGAGCUGCACGAUCACUCGGUCAUGACGGCGAUCCGUCAAGCCGGAAUCAGCUGGAACGCCGAGAAUAGACUCGCCAUGCCGCUCCACCGCAUCUACACUCCCCCGGGAUUCUUCACCAAGGAUGAGAAGCGAGCGCUGGUGGACAGCAUCGCCAGCAUGUAUGUAGGGCUUCCGGCUUUCCUCGUGAUCACCCUCUUCUGUCCGAUCGACGACGACGACUUCUACAUUGGCAAGCAGAGCCAUUCGGAGCGUGCAAGCGAGCAAGGCAAGCCGUUCGUGCGCAUCGUCAGCCAGCACCUCGCCCGCACUGCCGAGGGCAAGGAGAGACGCACGCGCACCAUCCGAUCGCUCGAAGACCGCUUCAGAGCCGUCUUGGAAGCAAAGAAUUGCGAAUGGGAGAUCCACAUCGAAGAGCCCGCAGCAGACCUUUGGCGACUCAGCGGGCACGACUAUCCUGCUCCCGGUUCACAGGCCGAGUCGCAGUGGCGCGAAGUCAACAAGCCCGUGCCGUAUCAGGGCUCCACAAUCGCAGACCACCUCGCGGAGAAGGCAAGCCUCUAA